AUGUCACCGUGGAUGACAAGGGAGGUCAUGAGGCGGUCUUUACGCUUCUGCAUCAAUUCGUGGAAACACUACAGGACAUUUGCAGACAAUUCACGUUCCACCAAGCAACAGUUAGUACUCAAUCCCUACAAAAUCCAGCUAUUGCAGGUUGAAAGUUUAAGGAGUUCAGUAAAGUUCCACUGGCAGGAUUCCAGUUUGGGAGAAUUAGACAAAAACGAACCAGCUGCUACUCCAGUGGCAGGUUCCUUAGAGCAGAGAGCGAGGAGCCCCCUUUUCAGUGAGCUGGAAAAAUGUGGCUCUCCUUCAGAUGUUCUUGACCUCAGCCAACGAUAUCCGCCCUCGCCUCGUGGAAUCAGCAACUACUUUACAUAUAUGUGGACCAGCGUUAAGAAGAUGUCUGACGAGCAGCGCCGAUGUGAGCUCCAGCUGAUGUUGGAGCAUCCAGCGUUUGAGCUGCUUCUCCAAAACGCCAUGACCAAUGUGGGGUCAAUGCAACCUGAAGAUGUGGCUUACUCUCUUCUGUCUAUGAUUAAUCUUGGUGUCCCACAAAAAAGUCGUGUAGUCCAGCUCUACCUCCGUGCCUGCCAGGAGACGUUGAAUGACUUUGAUGAGAAGAGUCUGUCCAUUUUGGCCUCGUGUCUGGAUCGCAUGGAGAGCACAGCUAACGUGGAUGCACUCAAACAUGGCUUGAGGCUGGUCAUUGAGGUGCGUCUUCCAAUGAUAAAGAGUGUGUUGGCUUUUCAGACCAUGAUGCGUCUCCUGGGUAAAGAUAUGUCGCCUGACCUCAAACGUAAACUUGUGCGAAAGGCCUUCUCAAUGAAAAAGCAGUUCAGCCUUCCCAACGCACAGCACAUGAUCUCCACCAUGGCCAAGAUGGACUUCUAUUCUAAACCACUGCUGGAUAUUUGCAGCCAAAGAAUCGUAGAAGAUCUGCACGGAACCCCUUUUAACAGACUCUUAAAAGUGAUGUUGGCAUGUCGGGAAGUGCGCUACAGAGACUUGGCGCUGCUGACGGGCAUCUCUGACUACGUGGCCUCCACUGUCGAUGUAUGGACGCAAAAGGAGGUAGUCAUCUUCCUGUCUACCUUUGAGAGCUUUGGCUUUUCUUCUGGGUCACUAAUGGAGGCUUUUGCCCAAAAAGUCAUGGCCAACCCAGACACGCUGACGCUUAAAGACCUUCUAUGCGUCCUCAAGGUGUACUCGUCCCUCAACUAUUCCCCUCAGCAUGACAGAGAGACCUUUCUGCAAAGUCUCAAUCAGACUCUGGAUUUCUACCUGCCCAGAAUGUCCGAUUACCAACUGUUUAAGGCUUGUUAUUGUCUCUCCCUUCUUGGAUACUUUCCAUCGGCGCCGAUAGAGAAACUCCUUCAGGGUUCCACCUUAGAAAUGCUGAGUUCCAGAGCAGAUAGGCAUCUCAAGAAACUGGAGCAAAUGGUUCAAACGGUGCACAUGUGCCUCCGUCUUGACCGUCCUGUACUGUCUCAGACUGCGGGGGUCCCCGCAUGCGUGCUGGGUGAAGUGACAUCCGGGCAUUCGGCGGAAAAUCAGCGACUCUCGCGGGUACUGCGAAGGGUGUUGUCCCACCGAGCAGAUGUAGCUCUUCAGGAAAUGGUGGUGGUGGAGAACGUUUACUUUCUAGACGCUGUGAUUAGCAAAACUAUGAUCAACCAAACUUCGGACGAAGAAAAACAAGCACAAAGAAUGGCAGUUCUUUGUCCGGCUCCCUCUGCUUUCUGCUUCGGUACAACCCACCCCCGAGGUCCGCUAGCUGUCAAACUUCGCCAUUUAAAGAUUCUAGGCUAUCUUCCAAUUAUGAUAACCGAACAGGAACUGACGUGUGAAGAGAAGGCGGCACAAAUCCUCACAGAGCGGAUUUUUACAGAAAUUCCGGCACCGACAUGA